AUGGGACUGAUGCUUUUUUGCACCUUGACCAUUUUGCCCGGGAUUCAAGCUCGCGCUGUCUUUGCCCACUUCAUGGUGUCCAAUACAGAAGGCUACACAGUCGAUGACUGGGAGACUGAAAUAAAGCUGGCCAUGGAGGCAAAGAUUGAUGCCUUUGCACUCAAUAUUGCCACGGGCCAGUCCGUCAACACUGAACAGGUCCCCAAUGCGUUUCUGGCUGCUGAAAACCUUGGCUUUCACCUUUUCUUUUCCUUUGAUUAUUCCGGAAAUGGUGCCUGGGCUAAGGAUGACGUACUCCUGUAUAUUCAGGAAUUCAACUCACCCUCUGUCUACUACCAGUACAACUCCCAGGCUUUUGUGUCCACCUUUGAAGGCCCAGCCAACGCUGAGGAUUGGGUUAGUAUCAAAGAAGAGACAGGCUGUUUCUUUGCGCCCGAUUGGUCAUCUCUGGGAGCCAUGGAAGCUAUGGAGCAGGCAGACGGUGUUGCCGAUGCUCUCUUCAGCUGGGCUGCGUGGCCAUAUGGCCCAAAUGACAUGAAUACCUACACAGAUGCUUCUUAUAUCGACUAUCUGGAUGGAAAGCCUUACAUGAUGCCGGUAUCACCCUGGUUCUUCACCAACAUGCCUGGCUAUGACAAAAACUGGCUGUGGAGAGGAGAUGAUAUGUGGUUUGAUCGAUGGGUUCAGGCUCUCUGGAUUGUUCCAGAGUUUAUCGAGAUCAUUUCAUGGAAUGAUUUCGGUGAAUCCCAUUAUAUCGGCCCCAUCAAGGCGGCAGAUGACCCCUUGGCGAAUUACACCUACACAGCCUUCGACACCGGUCUGUCACCCUACAAUUAUGUUCUGGAUAUGCCACACGAUGGCUGGAGAGCCUUUCUUCCUUUUGUGAUUGAAACUUACAAGACAAACACAUCUACUAUCACCCAGGAGGGGGUCACGGCCUGGUAUCGGUUGAACAAGGCUGGGACUUGCGGAUACGACGGGGGAACAACGGGCAAUACGGCCAAUGAGUUGCAACUUGAAUACUGGCCUUAUGAAAUCGUUCAGGAUAAGAUUUUCUUUUCGGCUCUUCUAGGAUCGACCGCUGAUGUAUCCGUCACCGUUGGCGGCACUGACCUCGGUGCCUCGUGGACCUCGACUCCCAGCGGCGAUGUUGGAAUUUAUCACGGGAGCGUGUCUUUCUCCGGACAUUCGGGGGCCGUGAUUGUCACGAUCACCCGUGACGGUAGCACCGUUGCUACCAUGGAUGGGCAGUCAAUUUCGUCCGGCUGUGCUGCGAGUUCAGGCGUUGAAAACUGGAAUGCCUGGGUCGGCAGCGCGAUGUCCUCCAGCACCAUCUCAGCGACCCCCACCUACUCCCUGGACCAAGUAACGUGCAUCGAGGGCUGGGGGUCCGGCAACUUCCUUGGACUAUGCGAGGCUGCCUGUGGGUGGGGAUACUGCCCCAUUUCCGCAUGUCUCUGCACGAAGCUUGGCCCCCCACCGAGUGUUCCAUCCGACACUGGGGUCGAGGGCUAUCCAAUUGCCGGUGAGGACGGUAGUUACACUGGCCUUUGCUCGUUCGAUUGUGACCAUGGUUACUGCCCCAGUACUGCCUGCGGUACUGUUGAUGUGCCCCUGGCAACACCUACUGUCUCAGACUUCACACCCUACACCUGCGACGGUGGCGAAGGGAGUGGAGAUUUCGUGGAUCUUUGCGCUUUCGGCUGUCUCCAUGGUUACUGCCCCAUCCAUGGCUGCAACUGUACUUCCACGGGUGACCUGGACUUAUAUUCGAUUGUCAACUCCAGUAUAACGGCUGGACUGGCCUCCGGACUCGAUGACUAUGGCCUUUGCGACUUUGCAUGUGAGCGGGAUCAUUGCUAUGAUGUCUGCCAGGUCGGUAGUUCAUAUUCGGCGUCCGACGACUACAGCUGUACCGAUAAUGACACACGGUCCUGGUGUGACUCGUCCUCGCCUUGCAAUUACAGUCUCCCCAUCUCAACCAUGGACGACUUGCUGGUGGCUGAGGCAUAUAUGCCCGACGACUGCGUUGAUUACUACAUGCUCACAAUCCUAUACAACCUGAUUGACGUGGUUGUUACCAACUACACCGAAAUUAUCGACAACAACAAUUACAACAAGACCUUCAAGUUCUACAAAGAAUACAUCGAGGCCAACAUCACCACCUCUUUGGAUGACCUGAUGAGUUGGGAGGACCCGGUCGGCGCUGGCAAUGCAUACUUCGCGUGCACACCGGAAAUAAAUGGGGUAAACCGGUCUCAAACGUCCUGCCCAUGGUAUGAAGAUGCGGGAACUUUCAAGGUAUACUACGAGCUCACCAAUGCAACUGGGUGGUGGAGCAUGCUCGAGGAAGAUUAUGGAAUUGAAGAAAGCUGGGUGGCAUUUGGGGAGAAAGAGCUGGACCUUCGUUGUACGGCGGAUGAGGACAAGGAUGGAUGUCAGAGCCUCAUCUCCACAUCCAUUGGCAUUCCUGUCAAGAGUGACGAUGUCAGCAUCACCGAUCCCCGAACCAUCAUUGCAGAUGCCUUGCCAUAUCUCGACGGCCUGCAAGGCAAUAUCCUUGAAGCGCAGGUGCAGAUUCUUGUUGGCUCAUGGCCCGGAUACUCGGAUGAUAUCGUCCAAACCAUUUCGCUGGCCGUCGAGCUGCUCCUUCAGUCAGUGACCUCCAUGCAAGAGGUGGUGAAGAUUGGCGACGAGGAAGAAGAAAUCAAGAAGAAGGAGUUGAUGGAAGAGAUCCUCAUGGCUGUUUUCUUGAUCGUCCCAUUUCUGGGCGAGAUCGAUGCGAUCAGUGACACGUUUGCGGGUCUGGCUCGCAUCCUCACCCUCAUCGGAGACGUCUCGACGGCAGCGUACACGGUAUACUCCAUUGUCGAAGAUCCAGAGAGUGCUGUCGCGCUUAUCUUUGAGACCCUCCUUCUUUCGGGAGAAAGAACGCCUGACGAAUUUGAUGACAUGGCGACGGCUAGGAGAAAAUUGACCGAUGAUGAAAUCACUUCUUUGGGAUCAGUGUUCAAGAAAACUAAUACUGACAUCGAGAAUCUCGUCGAAGAUUGCAUCAGGGAUUGA